AAUGAAAUUACUGUCAAACCACCUUGCCACUCUGGGAGGGUUUUCCACCAAAGAAGUAGUAGAUAGAAUCAUGAGUAAUGUUUUCAAAACUAAGCUAGCAUGCCAGUGUAACUGGGUUGGUAAGGGAGGAAAGGUGGCAUUAAAGAACCUUGCAAUAACAAAAGCAAUGAAAGAUGCAGGUAGAUCCAGAGCCACGGAAGCAGAACUUGACACUUCUAUCAGAUUGUGGCUUAAGAAUGCCCACGAUAGGGAUGGUGGAAGAAAAUUAAGGGCCAUCAAAAAAGAAGCAAGAGACAGACAGUUAGCACUUGCAGAACAACAUAAUAGGUCAUUUGAUAGUAGCACAAGUGAAGAGUCCGACUAGUUUCUCAAAAGCUCAUUUGUGUGCUACCACUACAAAUGUAAUGAAAGGAAAACUGUGUUGCAUAUUAUUUUGUAACUUAAAAGAAUGGCUCAUAGAAUUGACAUACAGGUCAAAGUGGAAAGCCAGCUUGAUUGGGUUAUUAUUGUAUGAAAUGUUCAUUUUAAAAUUUCUGGAAUUUUCAAAGUAUGAACUUGAACUUCCACGGGCCUGAAGCCUUAAGUUAGUUACACUUUACAUCAUACUUGAUUAGUUCCAUUCUGUUUUGCAUUAUUAAAAUUUGAUGUUGACUUUGCUGUAAAUGUAUUAAUGCAUCAGAAUUGACAGUUUGCCAUUUUGUGCAUUAAUUUUUUCUGCUUUUUUGUCCAUACAUUUGACAGCUGUGCUGUCUUGUAGCAAUUUUUUGAUGAAAUUUUCAUAUUUUUCAUUCUGAUAUUUGUGUGAACUUGAACUCCCAUUGGCUGAAGCCUUUGCUUUUACCUUUAUCAGCAUUACCAGUUGUGCAUAAUUAAACUUUGUAGUUAAGCAUAAUGUAUUAUUGCAUCUGAAUUGAAAAUAUCCUUUUUGUGCAUUGUGCUUUGUUGUCUUGUGUUAUUAUAUGUGAAAUAAAAGUGAUAAGUGAUAACCCUAUCUCUGACUUGUUUCUUAAUGCAAAAGGAGAUAAAAGAUAAAUAAUAUUACCCUAA